AUGUAUGGAUCAUCUACGGGCCCUCAGACGGGCAUUAAUACCCCGCGCUCCUCCCAGUCCUUGCGACCUCUCAUACUGUCGCAUGGUUCGCUGGAGUUUUCUUUCCUCGUGCCAACCUCCCUUCAUUUCCAAGCUUCGCAAUUGAAAGAUACCUUCACAGCCUCGUUACCGGAACCAACGGAUGAGCUUGCCCAGGAUGACGAGCCUUCUUCGGUAGCGGAACUUGUGGCUCGCUAUAUUGGCCAUGUUGCUACAGAGGUAGAAGAAGGCGAGGAUGAUGCACAUGGGACGAACUUGGAAGUCUUGAAGCUUGCCUUGAAUGAAUUCGAACGUGCCUUCAUGCGUGGCAAUGAUGUCCAUGCGGUUGCCUCGGCCCUUCCUGGAAUUACCGCCAAAAAGGCUUCAGUUGUCAAGGCGUACUACGCUGGCAGGGCGGCUGCUGGACGACCCACCAAACCUUACGAUUCUGCGCUCUUCCGUGCUGCUUCAGAUGAGAAGGCCAACAUUUAUACCGUUUUUGGGGGACAAGGCAACAUUGAGGAAUACUUCGAUGAGCUGAGAGAGAUCUAUACAACCUAUCCAUCCUUUGUCGAUGAGUUAAUCGCCUCGUCAGCGCAGUUGCUGCUGUCUCUCUCUCGCGAGCCGGAGGCGAGCAAGUUGUAUCCCAAAGGGAUGGAUAUCAUCCAAUGGCUGCAGGACCCGGACUCGCAGCCCGACACGGAUUAUCUGGUGUCGGCUCCCGUGAGUCUCCCGUUGAUUGGUCUAGUUCAACUAGCACACUUCGUGGUAACUUGCAAAGCCCUGGGCCGUGAGCCUAGUGAGGUUUUGGAAAGGUUUAGCGGAACUACGGGCCACUCUCAAGGGGUCGUCACCGCUGCAGCCAUUGCCUCCGCAACCACGUGGGAGAGCUUCGAGAAAGUUGCCAAGGAUGCUCUGACUAUGCUCUUCUGGAUCGGUCUCCGUAGCCAGCAGGCUUACCCUCGCACAUCUAUUGCUCCAUCGGUGUUGCAGGAUUCGAUCGAAAAUGGAGAAGGAACCCCGACCCCCAUGCUGUCCAUCCGGGACCUCCCAAGGUCUGCUGUUCAGGAGCACAUAGACAUGACCAAUCAACAUCUUCCAGAGGAUCGCCACAUCUCUAUCUCGCUCGUCAACAGCGCAAGGAAUUUCGUUGUCACUGGUCCUCCGCUUUCGCUUUACGGUCUCAACCUCCGCCUGCGCAAAGUCAAAGCUCCCACAGGCUUGGACCAGAAUCGUGUUCCCUUCACACAGCGUAAGGUUCGCUUCGUGAACCGGUUCCUUCCAAUCACUGCUCCAUUCCACAGCCAGUACUUGUAUUCCGCGUAUGACCGCAUCUUGGAAGACCUGGAAGACCUGGAAAUUCCGGCCAAGUCUCUUGCUAUACCGGUUUAUGGCACCAAAACUGGAGAGGACCUGCGUGAAUUUGGUGAUGCAAACAUUGUUCCUGCGCUCGUGCGCAUGAUUACCCAUGACGCGGUCAACUGGGAGCAGGCAACCGUUUUCCCAAGGGCUACCCACAUCGUUGACUUCGGCCCCGGUGGUAUCUCUGGUCUCGGCGUGCUUACGAACCGCAAUAAGGACGGUACAGGCGUUCGUGUGGUACUUGCUGGGGCCAUGGACGGCACCAAUGCUGAGGUUGGUUAUAAGCCAGAACUGUUUGACCGUGAUGAGCAUGCUGUGAAGUACGCCAUCGACUGGGUCAAGGAGUAUGGGCCGCGCCUUGUGAAGAAUGCAGCGGGUGAGACGUUUGUGGAUACUAAGAUGAGCCGAUUGUUAGGCAUCCCUCCCAUCAUGGUUGCUGGCAUGACUCCCACCACUGUUCCUUGGGAUUUCGUGGCUGCAACGAUGAAUGCGGGUUACCAUGUCGAACUCGCUGGUGGUGGCUACUACAAUGCUAAGACGAUGACGGAGGCAGUUUCCAAGAUCGAAAAAACUAUUCCUCCAGGCCGCGGUAUCACCAUUAACUUGAUUUAUGUCAAUCCUCGCGCCAUGGCAUGGCAGAUACCGUUGAUCGGAAAACUGAGAGCUGACGGUGUUCCUGUGGAGGGUUUGACAAUCGGUGCUGGUGUUCCAUCAAUUGAAGUAGCCAAUGAGUACAUCGAAACUCUCGGCAUUAAGCACAUUGCCUUCAAGCCUGGCUCCGUGGACGCUAUCCAACAGGUUAUCAACAUUGCCAAGGCAAACCCUAAGUUCCCCGUCAUUCUUCAGUGGACUGGAGGCCGUGGUGGUGGGCAUCACUCUUUCGAGGAUUUCCAUCAGCCCGUCCUACAGAUGUAUAGCCGUAUCAGACGUUGUGAAAACAUCGUCCUUGUGGCAGGCAGUGGUUUUGGAGGCUCUGAAGAUACAUAUCCUUACCUUUCUGGAACCUGGUCAUCUCGUUUCGGCUACCCUCCGAUGCCUUUUGACGGUUGUUUGUUCGGUAGUCGCAUAAUGAUCGCUAAGGAAGCACACACAUCGAAGAACGCGAAGAAGGCCAUUGCAGAUGCCCCUGGCCUUGACGACCAAGAUUGGGAGAAGACAUACAAGGGCUCUGCAGGUGGCGUAGUGACAGUCCUCUCUGAAAUGGGGGAGCCGAUCCAUAAACUUGCAACAAGAGGCGUUUUGUUCUGGCACGAAAUGGACCAAAAGAUUUUCAAACUCGACAAGGCAAAACGCGUUCCCGAACUCAAGAAGCAACGCAAUUAUAUAAUCAAGAAGCUGAACGAUGAUUUCCAGAAGGUUUGGUUCGGUCGCAAAGCCUCCGGCGAAACGGCUGACCUCGAAGACAUGACGUACGCAGAGGUGGUUCAUCGUAUGGUGGACCUAAUGUACGUCAAACAUGAAUCCCGGUGGAUCGAUGGCUCUCUUAAGAAAUUGACUGGUGAUUUCAUUCGCCGCGUCGAGGAGCGUUUCACUACCCUUGGGGGUCAGCCAUCUUUGCUACAGAAUUAUUCAGAGCUCAACACUCCCUACCCUGCCGUUGAUAAUAUCUUGGCAGCCUAUCCUGAAGCGGCAACUCAACUGAUUAAUGCUCAAGACGUUCAGCAUUUCCUUUUACUUUGUCAACGGCGCGGCCAAAAACCAGUCCCUUUUGUUCCUUCUUUGGAUGAAAAUUUUGAGUAUUGGUUCAAGAAAGAUUCUCUCUGGCAAAGUGAAGAUUUGGAGGCAGUUGUGGAUCAAGAUGUUGGAAGAACCUGCAUUCUGCAAGGGCCAAUGGCUGCUAAAUUUUCGACUAUCACCGACGAGCCUGUCCAAGAUAUCUUAAAUGGCAUUCACCAGGGGCAUAUCAAGAGCCUUCUCGAGGAUGUGUACAGUGGCGAUGAGACCAAGGUCCCCGUCAUCGAAUAUCUUGGAGGUCGGCUUGACGAUUCCGUUGAUGAGCCGGAGAUUGAUGGCCUUACCAUCUCUGAAGAUGCUAACAAGAUUAGCUACCGACUAUCGUCUUCCCCUUCCUCCGAUUUGCCUGAGCUUGAUCGCUGGCUACGUCUCCUUGCAGGCACCUCCUACUCUUGGAGGCAUGCGAUCUUCCUUGCCGAUAUCUUCGUUCAGGGUCAUCGUUUCCAAACCAACCCAUUGAAGCGAGUCGUUGCACCGACUUCGGGCAUGUAUGUCGAGAUGGCCUACCCAAAUGAUCCUUCUAAAACGGCCAUUAGCGUGAGGGAACCUUAUCAGUCAGGCAAGCUUGUUAAGACAGUAGAAGUGAAAAUGAAUGAGAAGAACCAGAUCAGCCUUACUCUUUUCGAGGGCAGAACUGCAGAAGGCGGCGUUGUUCCGCUGACAUUCUUGUUCACUUAUCACCCUGAAUCAGGAUAUGCGCCCAUCAGAGAGGUCAUGGAAGGACGCAAUGAUCGUAUCAAGGAGUUUUACUACCGCGUCUGGUUUGGAAACAGCGAUGUUCCAUUCGAUACCCCUACGACAGCAACUUUCAAUGGUGGUCGUGAGACUAUAUCGUCACAAGCUGUCGCUGAUUUCGUCCAUGCUGUCGGCAACACCGGUGAAGCUUCGUGGAUCGCCCUGGAAAGGAAGUCUUUGCUCCUAUGGACUUCGCCAUCGUCGCUGGCUGGAAAGCCAUUACCAAGCCCAUCUUCCCUCAUGGUCCCCGGGGCCCAGCCUCUUAAGGUUGGUGAUGUUCUAGAUACUACAGCCCAGAUUAACGCUGUGAUCAAUCAAGAUUCGGGUAAAAUGGUAGAGGUCUGCGGUACUAUCAAGAGAGAUGGCAAACCUAUCAUGCAUGUCACCAGUCAGUUCUUAUACCGGGGAGCAUACUUGGACUUCGAGAAUACUUUCCAGCGUAAAGACGAGGUUCCGAUGCAGGUUCACCUUGCGUCGAGCAGGGAUGUUGCGAUCCUUCGGUCCAAGGAGUGGUUUCGUAUUGAUGAGCCUGAUGUUGAGUUAUUGGGUCAGACUUUGACCUUCCGCCUUGAAAGUUUAAUUCGAUUCAAGAACAAGUCCGUAUUCAGCCACGUUCAAACAGUCGGUCAGGUUCUUCUUGAACUCCCUACAAAGGAGAUUAUUCAAGUUGCGUCUGUGGACUACGAAGCCGGAGAUUCUCACGGAAACCCAGUGGUGGAUUACCUUCAACGAAAUGGGACUUCCAUCGAGCAGCCCGUGUACUUCGAAAAUCCCAUCCCUCUCAGUGGAAAGACGCCUUUGGAGCUGCGUGCUCCAGCUUCUAACGAGACCUAUGCUCGCGUCUCAGGCGAUUAUAAUCCGAUCCACGUCUCACGAGUCUUCUCCAGCUAUGCCAACUUGCCGGGCACUAUCACCCAUGGCAUGUAUACGAGUGCCGCUGUUCGUAGCUAUGUGGAAACCUGGGCUGCUGAGAAUAACAUUGGCCGUGUCAGGGGAUUCCAUGUAUCCCUGGUCGGAAUGGUUUUGCCCAACGACAUGGUAACUGUCAAAUUGCAGCAUGUUGGUAUGAUCGCUGGCCGUAAGAUCAUCAAAGUUGAGGCUAGCAACAAGGAGACAGAGGACAAAGUUCUUCUUGGUGAAGCAGAGGUGGAACAACCUGUUACCUCGUACGUUUUCACUGGACAGGGCUCACAAGAACAAGGAAUGGGAAUGGAGCUGUAUAGCAGCAGCCCUGUUGCUAGAGAAGUUUGGGAUCGGGCUGACCGCCACUUCAUGGAGAACUAUGGUCUUUCCAUCAUUGAUAUCGUGAAAAACAAUCCCAAGGAACUCACCGUCUAUUUUGGUGGCCCCCGCGGCAAAGCCAUUCGUCAAAAUUACAUGUCGAUGACCUUUGAGUCUGUUAAUGCAGAUGGAAGCAUCAAGUCUGAGAAAAUCUUCAAGGAAGUUGACGAAAAUACAACGUCUUACACUUAUCGCUCACCGUCCGGAUUGCUCUCUGCAACACAAUUUACACAACCAGCUUUGACAUUGAUGGAGAAGGCUAGCUUUGAAGAUAUGCGUUCCAAGGGCCUGGUCCAAAGAGAUAGCAGCUUCGCUGGUCACUCGCUUGGUGAAUAUUCAGCUCUUGCAGCUCUUGCCGAUGUUAUGCCUAUUGAAAGUCUGGUCUCUGUGGUAUUCUAUCGCGGGUUGACCAUGCAAGUCGCUGUCGAACGCGAUGAACAAGGUCGUUCCAACUACUCUAUGUGCGCUGUCAAUCCAAGCCGAAUCUCCAAGACCUUCAAUGAACAGGCUUUGCAGUAUGUGGUAGAGAAUAUCUCGGAGCAGACUGGCUGGCUACUAGAGAUUGUCAACUACAACGUCGCAAACAUGCAAUACGUUGCUGCUGGAGAUCUCCGAGCACUUGAUUGUCUUACAAAUCUACUCAAUUAUUUGAAGGCUCAGAACAUUGACAUUCCCGCUCUCAUGCAGAGCAUGUCUCUGGAAGAUGUCAAGGCCCACCUAGUCAAGAUCAUCCAUGAAUGUGUCAAGCAGACCGAGUCUAAACCUAAGCCCAUUGCCCUUGAGCGUGGCUUCGCUACUAUCCCUCUGAGAGGAAUUGACGUUCCCUUCCACAGCACUUUCCUCCGUUCUGGUGUCAAGCCUUUCCGGUCUUUCCUGCUAAAGAAGAUUAAUAAGAACACUAUUGAUCCCAGCAAGUUGGUUGGAAAGUAUAUUCCCAAUGUCACAGCUCGCCCCUUCGAACUCACCAAAGAAUAUUUCGAGGAUGUCUACAGGCUCACGAAUUCACCGCGUAUUGCUAACAUUUUGGCGAACUGGGAGAAAUACGAGGAAGAGAGUGAGAAUGUCUCACGCGGUGGCGGUACCACGUCCGCUUGA